GCUGAGAAUGGUAACUGGCUCAGUGGUGAAGAGCUCACUCACGUCGGUGGCAUGCUUCAUGGAGUUAUGUACCUUCCCUUGCCCGCUCAACUGCCAUCAUGGGUUGCAGCCCGCGCUUCCUAACCCUUCUGCUCCUUCUCUUCAUGCUCGUUUCCUGCGCCGAAUUCAUCGUUUAUCCGUCAAAUGAAGUUAACCUGUUGGAUUCCAAAGCAAGCCAAGGGGAGCUGGGAUGGAUAUCAUAUCCACCUCAUGGGUGGGAAGAGAUCAGUGGUGUGGAUGAGCACUACACACCGAUUCGGACCUUCCAGGUGUGCAAUGUGAUGGAGUAUAGCCAGAACAACUGGCUGAGAACCAACUGGAUCCCUCGCAGCUCUGCUCAGAAGAUCUAUGUGGAGCUCAAGUUCACUCUGAGAGACUGCAAUAGCAUCCCACUAGUGCUGGGAACCUGUAAAGAAACCUUCAACUUGCACUACCUGGAGACAGACGAGGACCAGGGCAGUAAGUUCCGUGAGCACCAGUUCUCGAAAAUAGACACCAUCGCUGCCGAUGAGAGCUUUACUCAGAUGGACCUGGGCGAUCGCAUUCUUAAACUCAACACAGAGGUGCGAGAAGUAGGUCCAGUGACUAAGAAAGGCUUUUACCUGGCCUUCCAGGAUGUGGGGGCUUGUGUGGCCCUGGUGUCAGUACGGGUGUACUUUAAGAAAUGCCCUUUCACAGUACGGAACCUGGCCAUGUUUCCUGACACAGUGCCCAUGGACACUCAGUCAUUAGUGGAGGUGAAGGGCUCCUGUGUCAACAACUCCAAGGAAGAGGACCCUCCCAAAAUGUACUGUAGCACUGAGGGAGAAUGGCUGGUACCCAUCGGGAAAUGUUUGUGUAACAUUGGCUAUGAGGACCGGGGAGUCACCUGCCAAGCUUGCCGGCCUGGCUUCUAUAAAGCUUCGUCUGGGAAUAUGAAGUGUUCAAAGUGUCCCCCACACAGCUACACCAUCAAGGAGGGGGCUGUGCACUGCAGCUGUGAGAAGAACUACUUCCGAGCAGAAGGAGACCCUGUGUCAAUGGCCUGCACCCGUCCCCCCUCUGCUCCUCGGAAUGUGAUCUCAGUCAUCAAUGAGACGUCAGUGAUCCUGGACUGGAGUUGGCCAGAAGACACAGGUGGCAGGAAGGACUUGAUGUUUAAAGUAGUGUGUAAGCGUUGUUUGGCUGGGUCUAAACAAUGCGAGCCAUGCAGAGGGGCUGUGCGUUUCCUGCCCCGUGCUUCGGGCCUUGUGAACACUACAGUGACUGUAGCUGACUUGUUGGCACACACCAACUAUACUUUCGAGAUUGAGGCAGAGAAUGGAGUUUCCUCUCUGGCCCCUGCAAUGCGCCAGUAUGCCAUCGUCACUAUAACUACCAACCAAGCAGCUCCAUCCCAGGUCACAAUUAUCAGGAAAGACAGAACAUCCCGAAACAGCAUCUCACUCUCCUGGCUGGAGCCAGAAAGACCCAAUGGUAUUAUCUUGGACUACGAGGUCAAGUACUAUGAGAAGCAAGAACAAGAGACCAGCUACACCAUCCUGAGAUGCAAGGGCACGAAUGUGACUCUGAAUGGACUGAAACCUGAUACCAGAUACGUGCUGCAGAUUAGAGCUCGUACCGCUGCGGGUUAUGGCAGCAGCAGCCGCAAGUUUGAGUUUGAGACCAGCCCAGACUCUUUCUCAAUCUCCAGUGAGAACAGUCAGGUCGUGCUAAUUGCAAUUGCUUCUGCUGUAGCCAUCAUCCUCCUCACCGUGGUGCUUUACAUUGUGAUUAGCAGGUGCUCUGGCUACAGCAAAUCCAAACAUCCAGACAAAAAGAGACUUCACUUUGGUAAUGGUCACUUGCGACUGCCUGGUAUUAGGACUUAUGUGGAUCCCCAUACUUAUGAAGACCCGAGUCAGGCAGUGCAUGAAUUUGCCAAGGAGUUAGACGCUUCUUGCAUCGCCAUCGACAAAGUAGUGGGUGCAGGUACGCCUUGGCCCGCCUCAACCUCUGCAGCUGUAAUGAAGCUACCUGCAACAGGGCAAAAUGCAUUUAUAACAGAUGUGACAGGUGAAUUUGGGGAGGUGUGUAGUGGUCGUCUGAAAUUGCCUUCUAAGAAAGAGAUCUGUGUAGCCAUCAAGACCCUGAAAGCAGGAUAUACGGAGACACAGAGGAGAGAUUUCCUGAGUGAGGCUAGCAUCAUGGGACAAUUUGAUCACCCCAACAUUAUCAGACUGGAAGGAGUGGUCACUCGCAGUAAGCCAGUAAUGAUUGUUACGGAGUACAUGGAGAAUGGCUCUUUGGACAGCUUCCUUCGAAAACAUGAUGCUCAGUUCACGGUGAUUCAGCUGGUAGGAAUGCUUCGUGGUAUUGCGUCAGGUAUGAAAUACCUCUCAGACAUGGGCUAUGUGCACAGAGACCUCGCGGCCCGCAACAUCUUGGUCAACAGCAACCUGGUGUGUAAGGUGUCUGACUUUGGCUUGUCCAGAGUGCUUGAGGAUGAUCCAGAAGCAGCCUACACAACAAGAGGUGGGAAGAUCCCAAUCAGGUGGACAGCACCAGAAGCUAUUGCUUAUCGCAAGUUCACUUCAGCCAGCGAUGUGUGGAGCUAUGGCAUUGUACUGUGGGAAGUCCUGUCCUAUGGAGAGAGGCCUUACUGGGAGAUGUCCAAUCAGGAUGUGAUCAAAGCAGUGGAUGAAGGCUACCGUCUUCCCCCACCAAUGGACUGCCCUGCACCCUUAUACCAGCUAAUGCUGGACUGCUGGCAGAAAGACAGAAACAACCGGCCCAAGUUUGAGCAGAUUGUCAGCAUUCUGGACAAACUUAUACGUAACCCAGGCAGUCUGAAGGUCACAGCCAGCACCGCCUCCAGGCCAGUCAAUCAGCUCCAAACCAGCACGGACAUCACCUCAUUCAGCACUGUGGGCCACUGGCUGGAGAGUGCAAGGACUCUACCCUGUAAAGAGGCCUUCAGCGGAGUCAGCUACAGCUCUUGUGAUACACUACCCAAGACCUCUGCUGAGGACUUCAAGAAGGUCGGCGUAACAUUUGUUGGACCUCAGAAGAAGAUAGUGAGCAGUAUCAAAGCACUUGAAACACACUCAAAAAACGGCCCAGUUCCUGUCUAAAAAGAGAAUGAUCGAAAACAAAUACUAAAUAAAAAAGAUGGACAAAACAGAGAUAAAUUCAGGAGACUGAUGCUGCUUUUGGUUUUAAAAGACAGAAAUGAUGAAUAUGAGAAAAGGCAUAAACAACAAUGUUAGCAUAUCAGGGCCUAGCAAAGCAACACUCCUGGAGAAUGGCUGUUGUUCCAGCAUCCAAUCAUGUUGCUCAGGCAGAAAGUAUGCCUUGUGGCCUGUUAAUGGAUUGCCUUAUGCAAUAAAGAAGAAUAAAAUGCAGGUGGGGCUUCUCUGCUAAAACUAGCACUGGGGCAGGACUCUGGGCUCCCAUAAUCUCUCCACAGAUCGGCAGAGCAUUGUACGAAGAGCAAACUGGAUCUUUCAGGAACUUGGAAGUGUCUCCUCUGUGCAGAUACAACUAACAGCUCUUAACACAUGACAAGAGGGUAAUAAAAUGCAAAAACUUGUAAUACAGCCACCCUUUUGGAGAGAAUGAACUCAAGCCUAAGGCCUGUUCUGUCCACAUGCCUCACAGGUUUUCUGUCCUGUUGGAUUGGGAGUAUCUUAGCUAGUUGAAGAGAAAAAACACCUGCCGAUACAUGAGAUGCCUUUAAUUUCAAGAUUUCACUAGAGAACCAGAGAGCUGGGGAAUGGAUUAUAGUAAAAUACAAAAGAAGGAAUGUCCGAUAAAGGCAAAUUGAUGUUUCAUUAAUUUCCUAAUUCCUCUGUGGAUGUGACACAUUGAGCAGAACUAUUACAGAAUUAGAAAAUAGGGAUCACCAAUACACCAAUAAGACACUAUGUAUGUACUCUUUUAUUGUGCUCUUUAUGCCAUUUCUUUUGGUGUUGAGAAAACGUGUAACUAAACAAUUACCUUAACCAAAAGAGAAGAUGUGAAUUUGUGAACUACUUGAAAAAAAAAAUCAAUGCAAUUGUAAAGUUGAUUCCUCGAUGUAUAUCACUAAUCUGGCUUCCUUCUGAGCAACACUUAGAGAAAUGUUUUGGAAUGUGGUCAAAAGUGUUAGUAACAUCUGUAUCUGUCCAGGAAGAUCACAAAGAGAGAAGGUCAGAGAACAUAGUGUAGUAGGGCAUUAGAAGUGUUGGAUAUGACAGGAAUGAAGGACCUCAAUGAAGAGCAAAGCGUAUCAUUUCCUGCUGUGAAAUUUCAUAAAUCUUCAAACGGCACUAAUAUAUUUGAGGGAAAGUACUUUAGGGACAAUAUAAAGUCAUAAUGUCUCUACUGCAAAAGCUCAGGAUGCACAACCUUCAGUCAAUUUAUGAGGAUUCAACAGCGAGAAAAGAAGUAAAUACCAUGCAACCGACUACUUCAGACGAAUGUUCUGUGCCAUUUGAUCAUCAAUUAGUUUUUGGCUACAAACCGAAAUAGACAUGAUCUGAUAGGGAAAAGAAUGCAUAAUGCUUUAAAAGGUUUCAUUUAUGUGUCUUGAUAUGGUUUAUUCAGCUCAUGAAUUAUCUAGUUAAACAUUGACUUUCUCUAAAAUGAUGGAAACAUUUAGCUCUUCCUUUUCUACCCUUCAAUCUGCCUGUAAUUGUUGCUGCUCCCUCAGCUCUCAGCAUGUACAUAUGUAAACACACCCUGUAAUAACAGCAACGGUGAACGCACCCGGCCAUCCUUUUGUACAAAUGUUUGUAUGUAUAAAAGAACGAAAGAAAAUCUGUUCAGACUUUAAGAAAGCAAAAUUUCAUUUGUAUUAUAUUUUAUGCUCUUUUGUAUCAUAUUUGUUUUGUUUUUUUUACUUUACAAAAAAAAAAUCACCAGUAAUAACCUAUUUAUUUGAUAACAAACAGUAUACCGUGCUAAUUUGAGUGUUUUUUGUUUUGUAGCAUACAGUAAGUUAUGACAUGGUUAUGUGAUGACAUUAUCAGUGUUGUGCAUUUUACUUUAAACAUGAAACAUGACUUCUAGAGAGCAAUACUGUUUUUUCCACCCUGUCCUCCUCUACUCUUCCUUUAGAAUGUUUGUGUGUGUGUGUGCAUGUGAGCGUGCGUGCAUGCAUGCGUGCAUGCGUGUGUGUGUGUAUGAGGAUGUAAGUGGGUGUGCAAAAGUAGAUGGCCUUGUCUACUAAUGUAAAGUGAUUUGUAGUGGAAACAUUUAUAUUUUUAUAAUAAACGGUGUAAAAAUAUUUUCUAAAGAAUGAAUGCAGAGAAGAUUGUGUCAUAGUGAUUUUACUUGACUGGUAUCCUAUUCCAGUGAUACUAGUGGUGAUGAUUUGGGGCAAUCAUCCGAAUAAAGCCUUGAGCCACCAUCUUCUGCUUCUCAGUCAAAUGCAAGGAGCAGCUAUGUAGCCCUGUAGAACCUUAGGACAAGGUAGAGCUAGCCUUAUUCUGUGUUUCAUGUUCUUGUAUAAGUAGGUUUUGAUUUUGAAGGCUACAGGAGUUAUAUUGUAAUAUUACAACCCAAGCGGAAAGUUCCUGGAACUUCUAGCAUCUGUUAUAUCUACAGAAUCAGUAAUACUACAACAGGAAGCCAGUUACUCUAUGGGAAAAAGCCAUAUGUUGAGCUACAAACUCACAAGAAUUCAUAAGUUUGAUCUUUGCCGCAUUGCUACAUUGCUUAGCUAGUGAUAUGAGGAUGCAUUUAGUCAGUUAUAAAACUGAACUGCUCAUUCAAAAGAUGUGAUUUAUGGAAAUUCUCGCCCACAGCCGGAAAUUAUAAAAAGAUACUCCCUUCUACUUGUGAAUAAUACUCAAAUCUAUAAACAAGCAUCCUAUUGUGUUGAUGUUUCAUAUAAUUAUGCAUCAUCCAUGUGGUUCCCAUUUGCCAAAUCUCUUGCGUCCUCAGUACAUAAAAGAUAGUCAAUAUAGGUCAUGUUAUAACCCAUUUUCAAUAAACAAACCCAUAUUCUUCCAUUCAUACUUAGA